AUGCCGUUCUGCAGGUGGAACCUCAAGAUGGCAUUCGGUAAUACACCGCAGGUAAACACAGUCACCUUGGCAUUGCAAAAAGAUCCAAGCAGCGUCGUGUUCGGCGAGUUUGACUUUCGUUUCACAGGGGGCAUUGCGUUUAGGAGCAAGUCGGAUGUGGACGCCCUGCCGGCGUACACCAACCUCGUCCAGUCUGUCGGCGUGCCAGCCGACUCGGCAACAGUGUAUGCCGGUGGCGGGCCGGCGUCGGCGGCAGAGGCCGCAGCGGGGAAGGGUGCCGCCGGCGGCAAGGGCAGCGGCGCGACGCGAACCCGGGGAUGGGGCUUGUUUGCUCUCGGUAGCGCUGUGUGCGCUGGGCUCUUGGCGAUUGUCAUGAGAUAG